AGUCCGCGGUCGGUCGGCUGGACGGACGGACGGACGGACGGACGGAUGGACGGCGGGACGGGCAGCGGGCCGGACGGGCGGUGGCGGGUGGCGGUGGUGGGCGCCGGGGCGGCGGGGCUCUGCGCCGCCCGGCACCUGGCCGCCCGCCCCGGGGUCUUCGCGCCCCCCACGGUCUUCGAGGCCGGCGCCCGCCUGGGGGGCACCUGGGCCUACGAGGAGGGGGCGCCGGCCCCCCCCGGGGCGCCCCCCCGCGCCGCCCUCUACCGCGGCCUGCGGACCAACCUGCCCAAGGAGGCCAUGGCCUUCCCCGACGUGCCCUUCGCCGAGCCGCCGCCCUCCUUCCUGCCCCACGGCGCCGUGCUCGCCUACUGGAGCGCUACGCCGCCGCCUCCGGCGUCCUCCGGCACGUCCGGUGAGCCGCCCCACGGCGCGGCCCCACGGCGCGGCCCCAGGCCCUGCAGCCCGGCCCCACGGCGUGGCCCCACGGCUCCGCGGCCCCACAGCGUGGCCCCACGGUGUGGCCCCACGGCACGGCCCAUGGCUCCGUGCCCCACGGCAUGGACCCCGGCCCCGCAGCCCAGCCCCACGGCGUGGCCCCACAGCACGGCCUCCAGCCCCACAGCGCGGCCCCACACCAAGGCCCCCGUCCCAUGGCCUCGCAGCCCAGCCCACAGCGUGGCCACAUAGCGCGGACCCACAGUGCAGCCCUCAGCCCCAUGGCCCCGCAGCCCAGCCCCACAGCGUGCCCCCGCAGCCCGGCCCCACAGAGCAGACCCUGGCCCAUGGCCCCAUAGCCGACCCCACAGCAUGGCCCCACAGCGCAGCCCCUGGCCCCACAGCCCGGCCCCCGGCCCCACAGCCCAACCCCACAGUGCCCCCCCAGCCCCAUGGCCCCCCAGCACGGCCGCACGGCCACACAGUACAGCGCCUGCCCACAGCACAGCCCCUGGCCCCAUAGCACAGCCCCAUGGCUGCCCAGCCGCACAGUGUGGUCCUCUGCCCCACUGCAUGGCCCCUGGCCCCACAGCACAGCCCUGGCCCCACAGCAUGGCCCAUGGCUGGCCUGACUCCACAGCACCACCCCGCAGCAUGCCACCCGGCCCCACGGCAUGGCCUCCUGCCCCACAUUCCCCCAUCCAUCCCUGCCCCAUGGCCCCGGCAGCCCCCUGUGUCCCCCUGUCCAUCCCUGCCCCACAUCCACCACUUCCCCCCCCCCAUUCCCCCGUCCAUCCCUGCACCACAGUCCUGGCCAGCCCCCCGGCCCCACGGCCGUCCUGGCCCCACGGCCCCGUUCGCUCCCCACAUCCCCCGUCCAUCCCCACCCACGGCCCUGUUUGCUCCCAAGCCCCCCCCGUCCGCCUCUCCCCGCCCCCCCAUCUGUCUCCCCCCCACAGCGCCCUUUGCCGCCUGCCCCCCCGGCUGUCCCUCCCCCCUCAGCCCCCUUCGCCCCCCCCCCCGGCCGCCCCCCGGCCCCGGCCACCCCCCGCUGCCCCAGUUCCAGCAGCUGGUGGAGGACGUGAGCCCGGCGGAGGGGCCGGGGGCGGCUGGCGCGUGGCCUCCCGCGGGCUGGGGGCCGGCGGCCGCCGCCGCCUUGAGCACUUCGACGCCGUCAUGGUCUG